AUGGCUGCCGCGGACACUGGCCCCGACGAGGUCCAGAGCAUCCUCUCGGCCCUGCGCGACCGCGUUUCGACGUCCACCGCCACGGAGCUGGCCACGGGGUACACCCCAAGUGUGCCAUCGGCGACGCUGUACGAAUACGCCUUCGAAGAUGGGCUCCGGGAGGUCCUCCGGGGCGCCGUCGAGUCCGCCUGGCAAGCGACGUCCGGAGCGCCCCGCACCGACCCCGUGGCCGCCCGCGUCGCCCUCGAGUCCGACGGCCGCACACGGCUCCCGCAGGCCCUGCCCCGGCCAGUACAGGACCCCCCCCCCGCCCACGCCGACUCACGGUACAAGGUAGUGGCCCUCGUCGACGGCGUGCCGACGUCCAUCUACGACGCGAGCACGCAGUACCCGAUCGGGCAGACGCUGAUGCAGCGCGCGCGCCCGGACCACGGCGGCGGAAUGUAUGUCUUCCGCUCCGUCGAAGAUUGCCUCGCGCGCGACGCGGCGGUGUUCGGCAGGGGCGGCGGGCGCAGGGAGCUGGACCGGUGCCCGCGCGCGAUCAUCCGAUGCCGGUGCUGGCUCGAGGGGCGACACGAACAGCCGGUGCGCUACGGACACAAAGAGGCGUACACGUUCCUGCGAGCGGAGGAGGUGCUGCCGAUGCCGCCGCAGUUCCACCACGAGCGCGACCUCGCGGACCUGCGCCGCGAGGACGGUUUGACGGCGCUCGAGCCCCGCGAGGUGGCGCAGCUGUGGCACGCCGGCACCGAGCGCGCGCGCACGAUCGUGGCGAAGCAGGCGCGGAAUAUCCAGCUGCAGCGCGAGGUCGAGGAGAUGGAGGAGGCCGCGGAGCUCCUCAGGCAGCACCGCGCGCGGCUCGCGGGCGCCGGCGGUCCGCAGGGGCCCGCGCAGCGACUUGGCGGCGACGAUGGCGCGGGGCCGUCUGGCGUUGCCGAGUCGUGA